UCAAAGAAAAAUAAAACCACACAUAAGAAGUAAGGUUAGUGGUUAAGUUAAGCGGCUUUGGUUAUAAAAAUUGUAAACAAACUCCCACUCAAGGCCAAGCUGAAUAAAUCACAUCAGAUAAAGCUGCAAAGUAAAUAUUAUCAUAAAUGGACAGAGAUAGCGAGGACAAUAGUUCGUCUCAAUCUCACAAAACAGACUCUGAUGAUUCUAACCUGAGCAAUGUAUCAUCUGUCUAUUCCGACGAUGACCCAACUUUGGACAUGUUAGAGCACGAGUCUUACAAGAGUUACAGCGAUAAUUCCAUGUCUGAGUACGAAAAUUCCGACGACAGCAUGCUAGAAGAAAACAACAACGACCCUAACAAUAAUAUGAGCGACGAAAAUCUGGAGGGGCAAGAUCCCUCAUACUUAGCGUCUAGCCCUCAGCCAGGCUGCAGUCGGCAUUUUGAUUCAAUAGAAAACGGACGCGAUUAUUCUCGAGCUAGCAAAUUAACCAGUGAACAAAUUAACGGCAUAGCCGAAAACAUUCUACGAGCUAUAACUAAACUCCUUGGAUCCUUAACCCACCAGAGCAUUGUUGAGGCCAUUCGGAAGAAUCUAACAAGUGGUAAUUAUAAAUUAUCCUUGCAAGAUUUACUACCAAGUGAAUUUAAUCUCGAGGCUAGAAGAAAACGUCGCAACAGUGACGAUAUUUCCAACGUCGAUAUGAAAAAAUCUCGGGAUAAUAAUCCGACUCCAGCGUCUCGGGGUACUAGUCCGACUCCAGGGUCUCGGGGUAAUAGUCCCACUCCAGGGUCUCCAGUACUCUCGGGAUUUCUUGCAGGUAAUCCAAUUAAUAUUGAUAAUUUCUGGAAGAUGCCAAAGUAUCAUUCCGUAGAAACUUUAACAAAUAAUAAUCCAAAUCCGGUUGCUAAUGUUGAAAAAAUUAAUAAUCCUACUGUUGAUAAAACAAAUUAUUCUCUACCAGUUUUAAACAUUCAACCACCCACACCUUUUAGUACACCUUCAAGUAACCCCAUUAAUUUACCAUCUCAUUUACCAUUACAACGUCCAGUACAAUUACCAGUACCAGUUAAUAAUGGAAUAAUAAUUCCAAUGAAAAAAAACAAAGUCGCUCAAGCAACUACCAAAUUUACUGUUUCUGAUACUGCUGAAAGAAACCUAAACCGCGUGCCAGAUCCUAAACCUUCUACAGUUACUAGUAGAGUUCAAGAAAAUUUAUUACAACAACAGUACUUCUAUCACCAUUUACAACAACAACAAUUUCAUCAACCACAGCUACAACAUCAAAAUUUACAACACCCGUUAUUCUUCAAUAAUAUUGUAAAUUCAAAGUCUGCUGCUGCUGGUUCAAACGCAAAUGCAAAUGCAAACGAUAGACAAAAAAAUGUCGAUGAUUAUUUUGCAGAAUUGCGUAGAACAAAGCAUAAGUUAGCGAUGGAAAAAGCGAAACUAGAAAAACAUUCUUCAGUAAAAAAAAAUCACCCGAUAAUAAAUCAGCCGGUGCCUUUAAAAAAGAAUGAUAAUCAACUGGAUGUUGCUGGAUCUCCAAUGGUUACUGUAAUGAAUAAUAAACACGAUCAGGUUCAAUCAAACCCGAGUACUUCGAAUGCAGGAAGUAAAGUUUGUGAAGAAAUUUACCAAAAAUUGAGAGCAAUGUUUCCGGAUAUUGACAGAGAGUAUAUUAAGACCUUCUGUCCGGCGGACUGGGCUCCAGGAACUAGCCAUGAUAUCCAGUUUGGAAGCAUCGUGGAGAGCAUUUUACAAAAUGAGGCUUCCUGGGUGAUUGAUGUUCAUCCUACUAAUUUCAUGAUUCAUGAGGCUAAUGAAGAUGAUGGGCUCACUCCGAAUGUUGAUGAUACUUAUGAGUAUCUUACGGGAAUUUUUCCCAAUGCAGACCCGCAUUUUUUGAGAAGCGCUGCCGAGGAGUUUAAAAAUGAGAAUGAUGUUAAGACUUUUGUGGAUGAGAAGUUAAAAAGCAAUGAUUAUCCGACUCGUGAGCAAUACUUGGCUAAGAUUAAGGUCACUGAAGAGCAGCAGAGAUAUACGAAGAAUUUUAAUGUUGAGCAGUUUCUUAGAUUGAUUCCCGAUCCGUUUAAACACUUUGAGGAUAAUAAGAGGAAGUGCGAGUAUAGCUUGAUUGUCCUUGAGUUCUUGAAGAAUGUGUUUAGCAGAGUCAGGGUUAAUACCAUCUCUAGGAUAUAUCGGCGUCACAGCCACAUUUUGAGUCUAGCUGCAAAAGAACUGAGAAAUUCAUCAGACUUCAUUGUUACACCUCGUCGCGCUAACGAAAUUCCUACUGAAGACAUUUCAUUGCUGCAAGAGAUGGCUUUCGUGCGUCACUACCAAGAGAUCCAUGAUCAUAUGGAGAUGAUAAAAAAAAGAGAAGAGGAGGAAUUCAAUUCUCUAAAGGCUGCUGGGAGCUUGUGGGCAUGUCAGUGUUGCUUCGACGACGAAUGCAUGCCUUCCAAGUGCUCAACUUGCGAAAAUACUCACGUUUUUUGCAAUUCCUGUGUUAUCAAGGGAACCGAUACAAGACUGGGAGACGGAGAGACACGUGUGCCAUGCUUCCUCAACUGUGGAAGUGAAUUUAGUAUCUCCACUCUACAGCAUGUUCUUCCGCCGACCAAGUUCAGUAUUUUACUGAAAAAACGGCAAGCUGCGGAGGUCAUGGCAGCUGGGUUGGAAGGAUUAGUCUCCUGUCCAUUCUGCCACUUUGCGUCGAUCCCGCCAGAAGGAGAUAAAGUAUUCAAGUGCUUGAAUCCUGAGUGUAUGAAGGAGUCAUGUAUCCAGUGCAAGGAACCGAAUCAUGUGCCGUACAAGUGUGGAGAGCUGGAUAAGAAAGACAAGGCCAGGAAGUACAUCGAGGAGAAGAUGACCCAAGCGCUGACGCGUACUUGUUAUCAGUGCAAGAGGGCUUUCUUCAAGGAAGAGGGAUGUAACAAGAUGUUGUGUCCUUGUGGAGCUAUGAUGUGCUACAUUUGCAAUCAGCCUGUCAAGAGUUAUGAUCAUUUCCGCGGACAAGGGUCUACUGAAAUGAACAAAUGUCCAUUAUGGAGUGAUAACAUACGUCUGAAUGCUGAGACAGUGAGAAAAGUUGAAGAAGAUGCACGAGCGGAGGUAUUAAGACAAGACCCAACUCUGGAUAUUGGAACUACUGGACUAGCACCUGCACUUCCACCACCGACGGCUGGACCGCAUCGUGAUAUACCAGAGACUCAAAAUCUUGCUAACGUUUUGGCGGCACGAGUGUUGAAUAAUGAUCGCUUAAACUUACAAGACCUAAACCGAAAUCGAAAUUAAUUAGUAUUACGUAAGUUUUAUUACCGCCAUUAUUAAGUUUUAUUUUAUUUCAUUGUAACUAAUUUUUGUUAUUUAUGAAAUAUUUUAUAUCCUCUUCAUUAAUCUAAGUUAAUAGUAAUCUUUGAAUUGGCGCUAAAAGCCCUCUUUAUACAACCAUAACAAAAAAUACCUUAAUUAUUAUUAAUGUCAAACUAUUAAU